AUGGAUAGAAAUGACACUAUUAUUCGGCGUUUCAGUGUGUCGUCCUGGACAGAAAAAGACAGGAAGAAUAAUCAAGCUGAACUCCAAUAUUAUAGAGUUUUAUCAAAAUUUAGCUUAAAUUUCAAAGAGUCCAUCGGAAGUUCGGAAAGAUACAGUCGAGAAUUGUUCGAUUCACUUGAAGCGUUGUUAAAUACAGGUUUUGAUAUUAGUGAUGAAUUCGUUAAUCAUCUUCGACUGAUAGUUCAAAAUGUUCUUUCAUUUGAGAAAGAUGAAAAAGGUCAAAUAGUGAACAAUCGAAGACGAAAAACACGAAUAUCACCGAAUGCAAUGGUUAUUAUUUAUAAUAUACUAAGAUUAAUUGGUUUUGAUAGAUACGAAAAUUCAAUAGACGCGUCGCUCUUUCAACACGAUGGUCAAAUUUUCAUUUCGCCGCCCGAAGUAAACGAAAGUGAGAUUAUUCAUGGAAUGUUUGAUUAUCUUGCCAUAGAAAAUCGACCACAAAUUAUGCCAUUGAUAAAUCUUCAACAUGUGGUGCACAACCUCGAUAAUUUCAUCCAUAUUCUACUAUCAGCAGAUAGCAGAGUUUCUUUCAAAGGUUUCCAACACCCAGAUUGUAAGGGACCGAACCUUGUAUGGAUGUCACCUUUACAUACACGAUAUUUGCCAUCUCUCUCCGAUUCUGACUAUAAUCCGAACGAUUCUCGUUAUGGGUGCUUUCGCUUCAUUAUUCCCUAUUCAGUCAUUCGAGAAAAAUAUCAAACCGCUUACAUUUUAGGAGCAAGACAAUACAGUCAAGAAUCGACUCAUACUAUUCUUUUGACCGAUAGUCACACGCACGUUCGUGGAUUUGGUAUUAAUUAUCCAAAACUCGACUUGAGACCGUCUGACAAAAUUGUAAUCAAUGAGAGCUCAAAUGAGACUAUGUGGUCUUGUUGUCAGAUCCACGAUAACGCCUGGAAUCAUAUUGAUUUUGCAGUUGCUACAGGGGAUGAUCCAUUAUUCUUAUCUCCUAAGAAAGAUGGUGUUCGUGUCGACUUUGUAGGUUUAUCAUUGACAAUUAAUAAAACAGAAUUGAAUUUAACAUUUUUGCGAGCGUGUUUACAUAUGGAUAGUUUUCAACUAAACGAAACCGCUGAAUACUUUGCGAACCAUCGGAAUGAAUCAGACAUAAAUAUAAUUGAUAAAUUUGAAUAUUUUUCCUGGAUUUUAAAUGAUGAUCGUGAUUUUGGUAAUCUGGCUCUCAGUAACAUACGUGAACAAGGUCAAAAAUAUAUCGAAACAACCAUAGAAAAACUUCAUUUGAUCCAAAAUGAAUUUAAUGAGAAACUAGACAAUUUGGUUGUUAGAAAUGGUCAGAUAUGCGAUGAGAAUGAUCGCGUUCAUGCAUCAGCAUUUACGGUUGUACAAGAUUUAUUAGAAAAAAAAUUACAGAAUGAAGCAUAUGAUCGAUAUAAAGAAUAUGAACGGCUAUUUCAAUCUAGAACCGUACAAAAACCUCCGAAAUUGAUUUUAAACGAUAUUAAUUUAUCAGAACAUUUUUCAUUUGAUCAAGUAGAAAAUUAUGAAAAAGAAAAUCUGAACGUAAAAACAGAGGAAUUAAUCGAUGAAGAAGUUGAAAAUAAAGAUAACAUAGAAGAAAAUCUGAACAUGAAAGCAGAGAAGUUAAUCGAUGAAGAAGUUGAAGAUGAAGAUAACAUAAAAGAUUUGGAGGAAUGUACUACUAAAUUGGUUAAUGGUGAUCACAAUAUAUUUUCAUCGCCGUCUAAACCUAGCAUAGAAUCAUUAAUAGCUUCGAAUGAAUCGGUGAUUAUUUUUUAUUCAAAAUUAUGUGAACAUGAUGUUAAUAAUGCUACAUCCAGUGGUUCAUUGUGUUCCAUUUCGAUACAAACAAGUCAGAUAUGUGAAUUGGAAUGGAUGGACGAAAAUAUUUUAUCAUUAGGUCAUAUUAAAGAGAAUCUAUUUUAUAUAUUUACUCAAUUAGGCUUUUGUCUGUUAAAUGCUCUAAACGGACAUAUUGAAUAUCAGACAAAAUUACCGGAUAGCUAUGCUGAUUUAUAUGAUGAAACAAGUAAACGUAUCGGAUUUGUGUUUGAUGAUUAUAUGUAUUAUAUUUAUGUUAAUAAAAUAAAACAUACAAUAUUAGUAAAAUGUGCAUCAUUAGAAACAUCGAAUUCAGAAGAUACAAUUAAUUUAACGGAAUUCUAUCCUCAUAUUAAAAAAUUUAUUCAUUUUUGUGUUGAUAAAAAUUAUCUAACAUUUUUGGUAUUAACUAAUGAUGAUUCAUAUGAAUUAAUCUAUUCUGAUCAUGAUCUAACAAAAUCAACAUCCGUUAAUUUAACUAAUGCUAAACAACCAUUCGGUGUCGUGUCAACAACGAUCAAAAAUACAAAUAACUUAGAUGAAACAAAUGAUGAAAAACAACAAUUAUGGGUAGUCAAUGAUCCAUAUGCUAAAAUAUUGCAUUGUAUUACCGUUGAUGAUGGAUAUCUAAUGUCAAUAUCACAAGUCGGUUAUUCAAUGUGUGUUUUUAAUUCGAUUCUUCAAUUAACAGUUGAUAGUGAUAUAUAUUCGCUCAAUAUACAAGAUUAUAUUCAAUCAAAUUAA